AUGGUUCUGGCCUCUCCUGUCAUUACACUCCGGCGAACUUUGCACUUUUCCAGCACCCCAACCAGCUUGUGCUCUCCGUCUCCGUUACCGCUUGAUGCGCUGGUGGAUGAGGUUAGUCCCUAUGUGCCGACAACAUUCACUUCAAUUCAGCAAAUCUUACGUCAGCUUCCGCCAGAGCUGAUGGAGCGCGUGUGUGAUCCCGUCUGCGGUGGAUUAUGGCCCCUCUUGUCUCGCUACAGGGAGCGCUUUGAAAGUAAAAUGAUCGGGCAGGUGCACGUGGUGCGCAGUCGCCAUAAGCAGAGACAGUCCGCACCGCCGCAUCGCCGGCUCAAUGCGGGUGACGUAGUGAGACAACCAUUAGCAGUCCCGUCGUCCUUGUGCAGUAGUCUGACUACUAAAGCAUCAGAGUCUAACUCGGUUGCCGCCCGGGCUAUUCUCACUGAGCUUCAGCAACUGUUCCCGAACUAUCUCGUGCCAGUCAAGGCCCUCUGGGCGACUGUCCCGGAGGCCGAAGAGCAGCUGAUGAGGCGCCGGGUACUCGAUGCUCUUUGGUCGCCACAGCACAGAGGAUGGCUCAUCUUUCACGAGCACCCAGCACACUGCGCCUCCCGCAACACUUCAGCAGAUGCAGCGGAGUUAACUCACGUGUAUGAGCAUGGGUAUGUGCAACUGCGACUCGACCCUGUGGUGGGCGAUAACGGUGCCGCAGCACCAACGCAGCAGUCGCCGAACGCGCGGAUGGCGGGGCAUGAGGUGCAGCCGUACGAGUGGUACAGGGUGGCGCGUGUGCUGCCGACCAUAGCAACGGAGCUGCUCUUCACAGGUGAACUGCAAAGGCAGGCAACCCUUCUCUUGCCACCCGGACGAGAUGUCUGGCAUGUUUUGUUAAGCGCGCCUGCUCUCUUCGAGCUUCACUAUGUAGUCCCCACGGCUGGUGAGAGCGUGCAGCAGUCGCGCGCACCGUCCCUCUCUGCGGAUGACUCAUCUUCAGCGCCUCUCUGCGCAGCAUAUGACGCCACGCUGCCGCCAUCCUUCUGCGCCUCCGUGUACGUGCGCUUUCGGCUUGAGGAGCGUUUCGUUCCACCAGACAUGGCGGGCGGGAACGAGACGAGCAUACUACGCGAGCUGGAGACGCUUACUGCGGACCGGGCGGCAAGUGUAUGCGGCCUCAGUGCGCGCCAGCGACGCCGCAAGCGCAAGCUGCAGCGCCAGCUUGCCUACCUGCGCAACCCAACCCCGUACUUCGACGAGCGGGUCCUAGCACAGCAUCUCUUUGACCUUCUUCCGCUGCGUGAUGGGGUGCACCAAUCGGCGCUCUUAGGGUCGUUGCCGCAGACUGCCGUGCAAGCUUUUCCUCAAAAUGUGGCGAAGCUCCUUCAAGCGCGGAGUGAUUUGUUUCACCUGUCCGAUGCAAGGCAUGGCGUCCUGGUGCAGCGUGCCGAUGCCCCCAAAGUUGCCCAGCGCUCCAUCGAGAGUGUUACUGGGGAGGAAAUACUCCUGCACCUCUUUUCCACCUAUUCGCUCCGUAGCGAUCCGCAAGAAGGGACGACGAUCAGUCGAAGUCUCCCGCGACUGCCGCGGCUCGUGCGUGAGCGUCUUUUCACCAUGCAGGACAUCGUGACUGAAGUGCUGAUACUGUACCCUGACAAGGUGGAGGUACUCGCGUGCCGGUCGCCGAGCAUCUCAUCCCUCUCGUCGUCCUCGUCGCCGCACACCAGCGAGGAUGAUGAGCGUGCUCUGCGUGAGUUGCGGACCGUCCGUGGUCGCCGUGAUUUUUUGGUUCCAUUCCGUUUUGUGGGGGAGUGGCAGGACAAGCUGACGGAGAAGUACGUGAAGCAGCAAGAGAAGGACAGGAUGAAGAGUAUUCGUGCUCGUCAGAGCAGUGCAGUCAGUCAUCAUUCACCGCCUCGAUACUGA